AUGACCCUCCGGCGGCGCGGGGAGAAGGCGACCAUCAGCAUCCAGGAGCAUAUGGCCAUCGACGUGUGCCCCGGCCCCAUCCGGCCCAUCAAGCAGAUCUCCGACUACUUUCCCCGCUUCCCGCGGGGCCUGCCCCCGGACGCCGGGCCCCGCGCCGCUGCUCCCCCGGACGCCUCCGCGCGCCCCGCCGCGGCUAGCGCGGGCCGCCGCAGCCCCUCCGACGGCGCCCGCGACGACGACGAGGACGUGGACCAGCUCUUCGGCGCCUAUGGCACCAGCCCGGGCCCCAGCCCCGGCCCCAGCCCGUCGCGGCCGCCCGCCAAGCCGCCCGAGGACGAGCCGGACGCCGACGGCUACGAGUCGGACGACUGCACCGCCCUGGGCACGCUGGACUUCAGCCUGCUCUACGACCAGGAGAGCAACGCCCUCCACUGCACCAUCAGCAAGGCCAAGGGCCUGAAGCCGAUGGACCACAACGGGCUGGCGGACCCCUACGUCAAGCUGCACCUGCUGCCAGGAGCCAGUAAGGCCAAUAAGCUCAGAACAAAAACCCUCCGUAACACCCUGAACCCCACGUGGAACGAGACCCUCACUUACUACGGCAUCACGGACGAAGACAUGAUCCGCAAGACCCUGCGGAUCUCCGUGUGCGAUGAGGACAAAUUCCGCCACAACGAGUUCAUCGGGGAGACGCGAGUGCCGCUGAAGAAGCUGAAGCCCAACCACACCAAGACGUUCAGCAUCUGCCUGGAGAAGCAGCUGCCGGUGGACAAGACGGAGGACAAGUCGCUGGAGGAGCGAGGCCGCAUCCUCAUCUCUCUCAAGUACAGCUCGCAGAAGCAGGGCCUGCUGGUGGGCAUCGUGCGCUGCGCACACCUGGCCGCCAUGGACGCCAAUGGCUACUCGGACCCCUACGUGAAAACGUACCUGAAGCCAGAUGUGGACAAGAAAUCCAAGCACAAGACCGCGGUAAAGAAGAAAACCCUGAACCCGGAGUUCAACGAGGAGUUCUGUUAUGAGAUUAAGCACGGGGACCUGGCCAAGAAGACCCUGGAGGUCACCGUCUGGGAUUACGACAUUGGAAAAUCCAACGAUUUCAUUGGCGGCGUGGUUCUGGGCAUCAACGCCAAGGGCGAGCGCCUGAAGCACUGGUUCGACUGCCUGAAGAACAAGGACAAGCGCAUCGAGCGCUGGCACACGCUCACCAGCGAGCUCCCGGGGGCCGUGCUCAGUGACUGACGCCCCGCCCGCCACCGCCACACUGCCCCUGCUUUCACCUGGGCCCAGCAUGGGCCGGCCCUGAGCUUCCUCAGCUGCCACCAAGGGCUCCAGCCCCCUGGUUGGGGGAGAUCCAGGACACCUGCUUGGACACAGAGCCUCUGCGGCCCCCACCUGGAGGGACAGGGAGGGCCCAGCCACUCAAGGCCCAGGGAGGGCAGGGAGCGGGGCCUGCUCUCAGCCCUCUGGGGCCCGAGAGGCCGGCACUGGGAGGACCAGACCUCGGCCUCGGCACCCACCUGGCGGGAGGGAAUGGGGCCGUCCAGGGCAAGGACCCUCCUAGAGGUCAGCAGUGAGGCCCAGGCGAGAACAGGAGUGCAGGGGCGCCUGGGGCCAACAGGAACAGAGGGGAGAGGUGGGCAGGCGGAAGACCGGACCCCGAAGAACGGUUACCCCCAGAUGUAGCCAAAUGGAGGCUGGCCGCAUCCUUCCUCGCCAGCACUGCUGCGCAGGUGGGAGGAAGUGGCCUGCCCGAGAGCCUGCCGCUGAACGUGGACAAAUGGAC